AUUUAUGUACUAUUCAAAGGCGCUUACUUUAUUGGCAACCACGAAAGUUUGUUCUCUCCAAAUUCCAAAAACGGCAAAAACAAACACAGUUUCUAAAAGUUUCCUGCCGUUUGCUCUCUCGUCAUCCUCUCCGUAAUUCCCCCAAGAACCCCACAGUCUGUGUCAGCUUCCCCACACACUAUAUACCUGAAAAUCCAAUACCAACGCCAAAAGAACGAAAAAAUGCGCGUCGGAGUGUGCUACGCACGACUCCUCCUCUCGCCGUCUUCGCCUCCAACCGCUGUGAACAACUUUUUCAAAUUCAACCAAAACAUGCUCCUCUCUGUCUUUUUGGCUCUUUUUCUCCCCUGCGUAGGCAUGAGCAUUGUGUUUCUUGUUUAUAUUUGUUUCCUUUGGUAUUCUGCACGUACUAACCGAACAGAAACCUCGCCGCCUGUAAAGCAGCCGGCAGAGAAGGGAUUAUCGGCGUCUGAGCUUGAGAAGUUGCCUAGGAUGACCGGAAAGGAAUUGGUUUUGGGGACGGAUUGUGCGGUGUGUCUCGAUGAAAUCGAAAGCGAGCAACCCGUGAGGGUGGUUCCCAUUUGCAAUCAUGGGUUCCAUUUGGAAUGCGCUGAUGCUUGGCUCUCAAAGCAUUCUGUAUGCCCAGUUUGCAGGGCCAGGCUUGGUUCCUAGUUUCUCAAUCGCUUAUAAUGAGAUUCCUUGCUAAUUGAUGCCUUAUCAUCAAGAAUGUGAAACAUACAAGACGACGAAGAAGAAAGAAGAACCUGUUGUGCUUUGUUCUUUGGCGAUGGCUACAUAGAUUAGAAUUAUUGUUCAUGAUAGCUUAGUCAAUUACUAGAAUUCUUAACUAUCGCAUUUGUUUUUGUUGUGUCUUUAUCGGUAGCAGUAGCAGAUGAUGUCUUAUGGAUAAUUAAUGAACACCAUCAAGGAAAAAACUUUCAAUGCGAUUUUUCAUUUUCUC